AUGGACAUCUACGACUCGAUGACGAUGCAGUCGGACAGCGAGACAUACGACCAGCCCGACAUGUCGUCGCCGUCCUCGCCAUCCUCGGAUUCAGCAUCACCUUUGAUCCUCUACUCCCCACCCACGUUUUGGGGCUUGGUGCGGGGUGCUGCCAUCAACCUGCUUCUGCCCUUUGUCAACGGUCUGAUGCUGGGCUUUGGUGAACUGUUUGCAAACGAGCUGGCAUUCCGCUUUGGCUGGUCCAACACAAAGGUCUUCCCCAGUCACAGACGAGUCGGACCCGGCGUCGAGAUGCGAACAGACCCCAUCGAGAAGAGGAGACGUAAUGGCCAGGAGUUGGACGCCUACACGAGCUUGGAAUAA